AUGGCUCCAUUAAAGCCAGCGGAGAGAUUAAACUUCUUCCUACAACUUCAACAUCCUCUCAGGAACGCGCUUCUCGACAAGUACCAGGACAGCCGUCUCCAAGGAUUCCAAAUCCUCAAAGACCCGAAAUCCGCGCUGGACCAACUCAUGGCUCGCAUUCUGACCUUCAACAACCCGACGGAGGUUGUCUUUCAAAUGUCACCGAUAGCCUUGCCCUUCUUCUUCAUCGACGAGCUCUCAAACACUCGGAUCCUCUUGAAUGUCAACCGCGACACACCUUUCGGCCACCUCUUAGCGAUCCUUCGCGAAGCCUCUGCCGACAUCGCGACUCAAAUCAAGAACGUGCAUUUUCCGAAUGAUGGAACAAGAGACCGGCCCUCAGCGGCACAUUUCACUUGGGACGACGGUCCGUACCUAUCUCGUAUUGUGACAGUCACGCAAGGCCCAGGAGGUCAAGAGCGCGUGUCCCGGACUGAGUGGAAGACUGUCUACGCCAGAACGUACCUAGAACUGUUCAAUGGACCGCAUGCCAGGAAGAUCGGCUCCAGCGUCGAAAUCCAACAUACUCUCCAGCACUUCAGGAACCUUUCAGCCUUCAGAAGAGGAUCACCACCGCCGUCGGGAUUGCGACAAGUGGCCGAAACUGCCUCGAACGGCAUUCACUUUCCGGCGCCAGGACAGGGUCAUCACAACUUCACCUACCAACAUCCCGCGCCUCAUCCGCAGCGGGUUCUCUCGAGACUCCUACCUUUCGUCGACGAACCCUCGCGCACCCCAAUCCCACCCCCUUUGGCGCCGUCAUCCCCGCCACCAUCACCGCCAAGCCCCGUUGCUGGUCGUCCCGUCGUGCGGCUGCCGCCCGUGUCCACGUCCGUGGUUGCUCCGUUGCGCGUGGUGCCCGUCUCGAGCACAUCGAGGGCCGGCGUGUUGGUCGUCGAUGGUGGAGACCUCGCCUGGUACAAGCGGGAGGGGGAGUUGAGGGGAUGGUUGAGGUUUGGGAGCGCGGAAGCUGUUGAGAGUGUGGAUGUGUGGAGCGGAUGGUAG